UGCCGGAGAGGGAGUCGAGAGCGCUGCUGGGAACUACAUGGUGCUCAAUUUUUCAAGAUGUCGUCGCUGGAAAAGAGGCUGUCGCGAAUCGAGGAGAAACUAAAGCAAGAAAAUGAAGAAGCUCGCAGGAGAAUCGACCUUAACAUCGAGAUGAGUCCGCAGAGAUCACGUCCGAGGCCGAUCAUCGUGAUCCAGCUCAGUCCUGCUCCAGCCCCUUCCCAGCGUGCAGCGCUCCAGCUGCCAUUGGCCAACGAUGGAGGCAGCCGCUCCUCGUCUUCAGAGAGCUCCCCUCAGCACCACCCGUACCCCAGCCGCCCGCGACACAUGCUCACGCUGCCCACCCCUCCCUACGCCCUGCAGAAGAGCUUAGAGAAUGCAGAGAUAGACCAGAAAUUGCAGGAGAUCAUGAAACAGACGGGCUACCUGAAGAUCGACGGCACGCGGUAUCCAGCAGAGGUGACAGACCUGAUCAGUGAGGGGGAGAUCGGCAGUGGGACCUGCGGACAAGUCUUCAAAGUACGAUUCAAGAAGACCGCCCAUGUCAUCGCUGUGAAACAAAUGCGCCGUACAGGAAACAAAGAUGAGAACAAGAGGAUCCUGAUGGACCUGGACGUGGUGCUGAAGAGUCACGACUGCCCUUACAUCAUCCAGUGCUAUGGCGCCAUAGUUACCAACACGGAUGUCUUCAUUGCCAUGGAGCUGAUGGGAACGUGUGCUGAGAAGCUGAAGAAGAGAAUCCAGGGCCCCAUGCCGGAGCGCAUCCUCGGGAAGAUGACGGUAGCAAUAGUGAAGGCGUUGCUGUACCUGAAAGACAAACACGGUGUCAUCCACCGGGACGUGAAGCCCUCCAACAUCCUCCUGGACGAUAAAGGUCAGAUCAAACUGUGUGACUUCGGCAUCAGCGGACGCCUCGUCGACUCCAAAGCCAAGACCCGCAGCGCCGGCUGUGCUGCCUACAUGGCGCCUGAGAGAAUAGACCCUCCAGAUCCCACCAAACCUGACUAUGACAUCCGAGCAGACGUGUGGAGCCUUGGCAUCUCUCUGGUGGAGCUGGCCACGGGACAGUUUCCCUACAAGAACUGUAAGACAGACUUUGAGGUUCUGACCAAAGUGCUGCAGGAAGACCCUCCUCUGCUGCCCCUCGGCAUGGGCUUCUCCCUCGACUUCCAGUCCUUCGUCAAAGACUGCCUCACAAAGGAUCACAGAAAAAGGCCAAAAUACCACACGCUGCUGGAGCAUAGUUUCAUCCGGCGUUACGAGGUGGUGGACGUGGACGUGGCCGGCUGGUUCCAGGCGGUGAUGGACCGCACCGAGUCGCCCCGCAGCAGCCAGUGUUACAGCCACCAGCACCAGCUCCACUCGCUCUUCAGUAGGUAGCCUAGCCCAGCCCGGCUCAGUCUGCCCUAGUCUAGCCCAGCGUUAGCAGCUAAGCCUAGCGUUAGACCCAGCCUGUCCAUUUGUCCACCAGAGACCCUGAAGAGCCCACAGAGGGGGGGCGGAGCCUCGAUGGAGGGAUGGACGGACAGAUGACACAGGUGUUCUGUUUCUCAGUGUGUUGAAUCUGGACAGGCAGACAUGGGAAGGGGGGGGGGGGGAAGAGAAAACGAUGUGCACACUGUAGUUAGCUUCAUUUGUUUACACACUGUCUCGUCACACUAUCAUUACGUCACAGCAUAGUGUGUGUUAUAGCCACACACUUGCAUACAAACUGUGUUCCUACAUGUCCUCCACGUGUCAUUUAGUUUCUCACCUACAUGUCUUCAGCAUCGAUCCAAGCCGUUGGAACAGAGUAGUCACUACACUGGAACAAAGCAUCUGCUACAUUAGCAAACAUGAAUCUUUCUUGUGCAAAAACCUUUCUGAGGACACAUAAAUGUCCCGUGCAAUUAUGAUUCUUCAGGUUUCUAUUAUCACACAUUCUCAGGCUGAAUCUGUUUGUGUGUGCGCGUGUGUGUAUGGAUGGAUAUCAAGACACAGUCACUGGUUGUUUUCAAAAGUGAGAUUAUAUCUACUAGCCAUUUAUUCACAUUCACACUACAGCUGUUACACUCGCGCCAUAAUAAAUUCAUCUGUUAGCGGUGCUUCAUUUUAACAUGUUAAGUAUAGUAACUUUCAUUCAUUUUGAUAUGAGUAAUGUUUAGGUUACCCGUAUCAUGUAUUUAGAAGCUGCACAAUUGGGAAAAACACAAUGAAAAAUACUUACAAAAAAAUUAGUGUUGCAUUCUAGCUUUGUAGAGAAGGAGUUGGUUUGGUUUUGUGUUUAGAAUAACAUAGCUAAACUAAAAGAGAUGGAGGGAUGCUAAGAAGAGAAACAACGAGUGAGAAAGGGAUUCUUUCUAGUAGUGUGGGAGAGAGAAGCAGAGAAAGUGGAAGAAGGAGGGAGUUGUACUCUUGGUUGUUUGAAUAACUGUUAGAGAAAGGAGGGAGAGGUUAGGAGCUUAUCUUGUACAAAGAGGUAGAUGUUAAAACCUGUGGAGCAUUUUCUUACUCUGAGUUUGUCUACCUCUUCCUCUCUGUCGGCCUCUGCUGUUUAGUGUGACGUAGUGCUCCACAGGGUGACCAGACCAAAGGCUGCAUGUAGGUUGUUGUUGUUGGUGGAGGCCAAAAGAUUUAGACCUGCUCCUGCAAACAUUUCAGAAACCAGAGAGACACAUCUUUAUGAAGCAUGCUAGUGCUGUUUUUAGAACCUAGAGCAGGGGUCUCAAAGCCUCAGAUCCAGUCAAGCUGCCCACAUGUUGAGAGUUGAUUCUUAAAUAUAGGUGUUUGGUCUUAUAGCUGCUUUUUGCCUUCAUAGUCUUUUAGUUUUAAAGAUUGUUUUCCCAGGAUUGCAAAUAAGGAUUUAUUCAGUAUCUCUGAAUCACUAAGCUUUACUUUACUUUAAUAAUUCAGUCAAACAGUUAUUUCCAAAUCCUUGUUAUCUUUUAAAACAAAGAAAAGCAGUUCAUCUUGAAUUCUGGCAAUACUGAAACCAGAAAACCUUCAGAAAUGUUUCUUUAAUUAUUUAAAUGGUUUUAGAAUAUGUUUGUCAUCGACCGACUAAUUGAUUAAUCAAGUAGUCCCUAACAACCUGUCAUAGGCUAAGACCAAUGGCACGCAGGCGUUCAGCGCUGCAGUGCUGUUAGCAUUUAUGCAGAAAGCUUGGAGAAGCGUCCCUGCCAGACGGGAAACUGAACUUUGAGACCCCUGAACUAGAAGAUUGUAAAGAUAAAAUUGACUGUGUCCAGCUCACCUGAACAGGUCCAUGUGUUUGAAACUGAGAUGUGUAGAUGUACACAUUUUGAGUGCAGGUCUUCAGAGACUGACUGACUAGAGUCCUUUUGACGGGCAACAGCCGAAACCUGCUAGAUAUGCAGACUCGGACUCAGAAAACCAAAUCACUGCUAGACACGGAGAAGUGCGAAAUGGCGACGAUAGAGAGAGGAAAAGUGAAGUAUGAGGGAGGGAGAGAGAGAGAUGAUGUCAAGAUAUCAGAAAAGGAGAGGGAGAGCUAAACGUCAGGAAAACGAGAGGAGGCGAUGGAGUGUGGUGAGAAGUAGACGGGGAGAUUUAAGGAAGUUGGAUUGGAAGUUGGGAAUAGUCAGAGACAAACUGGAGGUGGAGGACAGGAAGUAAGUGUGAAUAAGGAGAGAGGAAACAUGAGGGGAAACAGGCUAGCUGGUUAUUGUAAAAAGCUUUCAUGGUGUUACACCAACCUACCAAUUAUGAUUUUAGCGAGUGAGUUAGCGUGUUGUGUUUAUGAUGUUUACCGUUGAAACAAUGUUAUUUAUUUACAUUGCUACUGCUGCUACUUUUUAUUGCUUUAGACGCUGCUGUCACUUCUUUUCCCCAAAGGACAAAUACUUUAUUCUUUUUUUGAAGCCAAAUAAGUAAAAUAAUGCAAUGUCAACACGUGUUACCAAAUACAGAGAAAGUCUGAAGAGAGAGAAAGCAAGUGGGAGAGGGAGAAGAAGAGAAAGUGUGGGAGGUUGGAUUUAUAAAAAGUACUAACUAACACAAAAUAUUAACAUCACCUCAAAUGUAGCUCUAUGUGUAAUGGAAGUAGUUAAUCCUUUAUUUCCUGACGUCACACUAAACUGUACAGUUUAUCAUUAGAGGGGAGGUCUGUCUGUCCAGAUGCUUUGUGUCCUGUCCCCCCGUCCCUCCAUCUGUCCACAGGUCGCCUGCAGGCUUGACAACAUGACAGUUCACACCAAAGGUGUCAAAACUCAACGUAAAUACAAAAGCGUGUAAUUGUUAUGACUAUUGUUAUUGACCUUAUAAUUGAUUACUCUCUGCUAUGAUAUAUAUAUGAAAUCUCUCUAUAGCUAGUGGGAGAGGGGGGGGCGGGGCGCUGUACUGUAGUAGUGCUGAGUGUGUGUGUGUUAUGCUGUACAGGGGGAGACUGGUGCACUUAUUUAAAACAGAGGCCCAUCUCAUCUGAUGCUCACUUUAAAUCUAAAUGAUGAACAUGCAUUUAGGUGAAACACCAAAACUGAUCUAUCCAUACAGUGUCUAUAUCUAUAUAAGCUAAUAUCAGCCUGGCCAAUUAUAGCGUUUCUAUAUUAUCCAUGAUGAUCAUCAGGGAUACUUUUUAAAUUUAGAAAUUCUCCCUCCAGUUCCAGAGAAGACAUACUACUACUGAUGAGUAAACUAAAACUAAAUAUAUUGAAAAACACAGUGUCCCUUUAAUUACAGCUGGAAGAGUGUAAAAAUGAUCCGUUAACCGCAUUAUCUCCAGGUUAAGCCCUGACCUGACCCGUUAAUAUAGGUAUUGCGAUUAAACACACUUACUGCGUUUUAAUCGAACCCUCUAGAAUGAUUGAUAUUUACUCUGGUUAGAUUAGGGAGAAUUUACCCUUUUUGCCCGAUACCACUGUCAAGGAUGGUGAUUGAGAGUUUCAGGGCAGGCAGUCCUUCACAAUAUGGCUGCUGAUUAUGCUUAAUAAAAUUAGCUGAUCCAGUUGUUAAACAUCCUGCACCAUUAUUUUAAUUUGACAUAUCUCUAGAAAAACAACAUAUUUCAUGUUGUCUGUCCACAUUUUGUUAAUUUUUACACGUGCCUAUGAAUUAACAUAAAUGUAUGUUAUUCCCGUUACACACAUGUUUGCAGAUACCCCACCAGAUGCAGGACUGUAGUAUUGGUUAUUCUGGUGAUUAACCAUGAGCCAACUUCGUAAUACAAGUUAACCUGUGUUAACCCGUGAUGCACAUACUUUGCGAGCUAAUAUUCUAAGACCUGGAACUUAUCUAGCUUGCUAGCUUGUCUAAAACUCUAUAUCCUAAACUCUGUACGUGUGUCUGAACACGGAGCAGCACCCAGUCUCCUGCUGUGCUUUGUUAUUAAGCUGAUGUUUAUUUUGCUAAAACACACACACUCACUCUUCCGUUCUGUUUGUGUGCAUUUCCAUGCAAACACCAUCACAACACCUCUGUGAAACCAGUCAAGGCAGGUGUGCUCAGAAUGGCUGUCCAUGUGUCUGUGUGUGAGGAAACAUCUGUAACACACACACAUCAAAUGUAUAAAGUCAUCCCAUUCUCCACAGCAAUGCUGGCUCCUGCCAAUAGUGGCUUUAUGUGUAUUUUAGUUUACCAGAGGUGUAUCAAAACAGUGUGUGUGUUUGUUGUGAAACCAUCUGUAAGUAAACCAAAUAUCAUUUUCACUAUGCAGUCAUUCAAACCAUGUCAGCUUGCUCCCAUGGGGGGAGAAAUCCUCCUGUUCAUUCACAGAUUUACGAACAAACUGGAGUUAGCCACAGUGAUUUUUUGUUUUUGAGCCCCUCCCCCUCACAGUGUGAUUUAAACGGCGCCUUCAGCUAAAGAGUAGAGGGAGAGCGAGAGAUGUGUUUUGAAUGAGCUGACAAAUAUUUAAGGAUUGUAUUUGGGUCGGGGAGGGACGCAGGGUUAGACUGGGGUUUGUAGUUUUGGGGGAGAUACAGAUCAAUGCUGUAAAGUAUAUCAAUUGCAUGUUAUUGUCUCCGUUGUAACUGCCAUUGUUUUUGUUUUCUUUCUACGACAACGGUGGGUUUGGGCGGGGAUGCACAAAACUUUAUCCUUAUUUAUAAUUUUUACGCAUAUUUACGUAUGUUUGUUUUUAAAAUGUUGAAUUAUUGUGUAUUUAGAAAAAUACACAUUUUUAGUUGGUUUUUUUGCCUUUUUAAAAAAAGAAAUGUUUGCAAUAUAUAUUUUUUUUCACUUUGGACCCGUGGUGGAGCAGGAGCUGUGUCAUUAUUAGCAGAAAGUGUUUGUUAGAGAUCGUCCUGUUUCCCCUCACCCUGUGCCGUGUGUGUUUCUUUCAGUUAGCCGCGUGUGAGUUUUGUCUACCAAAAGUCUUUAUCCAUGGUGAUCAUUAUUAUUAGCUUUUAUUUUUUGUCCAUUGUUGUUUUUUAUUAUGAUUACUGUUUUUAUUAUUAUUAUUUUUGUUAUUAUUAUUAUUAUUAUUAUUCAGGGCAAAGAUGACACCAAAUUGAACAAAGAAAUAAAUGGGUGAUCCCAGACAGUGCAGAGCUUCUUUUACUGGCGAGGUGGAGCAAUGGUUCCUCACCGUUACGCUGUAGUGUCUGCCACCGUAUUGAAACCGCCACGUAAAGACAACCUCUGAGCUGAAAGUCUAAUAGUAUUUUUUUAUUAUUAUUAUAUAUUGUUUUCCUUUGAUCAGAUAUCAUGAUCGUUUUAUUUCUUGUAACCCCAGUUUGGGUCAUAAAUGGUGUGCUGUUAUUUAAUUUCUUUAUUUUUCCCUCUCAUCCCUGCCCACUGCUUUUUGAUUUUUUUAUUCUAUUUCAUGAUUUUUUUAUUCAUUCUGGUUUGAUGCUGUAGUGUUGAGCUGAUUGGUCGAACACCAGAGCUUAUUUUUUCUUUCCUAAUGCUGAGACUCGUGACUGAUGUUGCACUUGUGAUGGGUUUUAUUUUUGUUUUUGUUUUGCGUUGCAGAUUUGGGAUUGUUGUGCAGGAGAAUAUCGGGUGUUUUCCUUAUUUUCUUUAAGUCACAGCAGUUAUUUUAUCAAUCAUAGAUCUGUGACACAGAGCAAGAAAAUGAUUCAACAGUGUAUUUUUCUCACUGAUAUUUAUUUAUUGGUCAUUUGUAUGGUUUUUUUGGUUUGUUUUAUUUUGAUGUAUUGCUUUUUUGUGGAGGGCAAACAGGACUCAAGGUAGAGGAGUUUUACAUUGUGUACAAAAAGCUAAAUAUUGUAUUCAAGCAUCACACUAACGUACAGUCUAGAGUAACAGGUAAAGUAGAAGCCUGCAGCACAGUGAGGUGCUUCUGUUUCUGGCUUUACUGUGACUGUCAGACUUUGUUUACUGUUUACCCUCUCAGAAGGCACAAACAAACUGGUUUAAAGAAGCCACAGCAUGGUGUAUUUGAACUGUAGUGCUUUGCUAAUAACUCACAGUUAAAGCUUGUAUUGUUUGAAACGUUGAUGGUUUUUAAUCUGAAUGCCAGAUACAAAGCACACUAGAUUUGUGUUUUUAAGUUUAUGGUAUUCCAGCUGAUGAUAACUGCUAUGAUAGUGGACGGAUUGGCUUGUUAUUAACCUGCACUCCCUGCUUUGAAACAUCUUUGAGGUUUGAUGCUUGGUUUUUCCUAAAUGCAGUCUAGAUAGCAUGAUGCUAGUUCGCAGGGUGGGGGGAGGAUUGACUUCAGUCUCCACUGUUGCAGUUCAAAGGCUCCUUUAAGUACGACACCGUGGAUUUAUUUACAGUUGUAUCAUCGAAACAGCUUUGCUGCCCGUUUCUCUUUUCGUUUUGUUUUUUGGCUGUAUUUUAUCCCCCCCCCUCCCCCCAGUCUCAUUUCAAACAGAAUAAAUGCCAUUAUAUUGUGAAUACCUCAGGAUUUUUUUGGAGAAAAAAAAACAAUAAAACACCUAAAAAUCAAAUAAAUAAAAACUCAUAAAAAUG